GCCGCAUCUUCCGCAACAAGCCUCUCUUCACCAUGGUUCGCUCACUACUCUUCGGCCUUGUUGCCGCCACACUUACAUCGGCUCACUUCACGCUGAACUGGCCGGCCACCGCUGGUUUCGACGAUGACAACCAGCCAAUGGCGCCCUGCGGAGGUGUUGGCGUCACGGUCACGGAUGACAGCCAGGAGAUCACGGUCGAUCGCUUUCCAGUGGCCAUCUUCUCAUCCCAUCCUGCAGCAUCAUGGGCUUUCUUUGCAACCACCAACACCCAGGAGCCAUACAACUGGACUGAGAUCGUCCCCGUCAUCAACUCUACAGGCAUUGGAUCAUUCUGCUUGACCUACCUCCGCGCUCCUGCAGAGUUUGCGGGACAGAACGGUAUCAUCCAGGUCAUCGACUACUCCGCGGAUGGCACUCUAUACCAGUGUGCUCCUGUCAACUUCGUCUCCGGCAGCAACAACACUGUCAACAGCGAGUUUUGCACGAAUCAGACCUCUGGCUUCGAGGCCACAUGGACCGACAUGACCAGCGCCAGUGUCGCGCCAUCCGACAACGCUUCUUCCACCUCUACCGAAGAACAUCCCGCCGGACACUCGGACAUGCCAUCGUCGACGUCGAGUGCUGGGGCUGCUGCGGCCACGGCCAUGGGUAGCGUGCUUGGUCUUGGGCUGCUCGCGGCAGGUUUGGCCCUGUAGUUCUACUGUUAGCACAAGUGACGGGCGAGAGGACGAGCUUGAGUUGUGGGAGAUGGAACAUCCAAAAGCACGAGCAGUUGUCAUACCUUCCAUAGCGCCAUGUCAUUGUAUCAGUUCAUCCGAG